UUGAACUUGGGACCUUGCACUUGCCAGGCAGGUGCGGCACGACUGAGCCACACCCCCGACCCUCAGCUUUCAGGUCUUGUUCUUUGGAUUUUGUUGUUGCUGUUCAUAGUACCUUUACUUUGUACCUUUAUUUUUUGGGGUUUUUUUGAGAUAAGGUAUUGUCAUCCUCCUCCCUCAGCCUCCCAAGUGCUAGGAUUAUAGGUGUGCAACCACCGCACCUGGCUGCACAGCACUGGACCUGGAGCUCUGUCCCAGCUAUUUGUAACUUUCCCCCUAGUACUAAGGGUUGAACCUAGGGCCUUUGCACUGAGCUUAAUCCCCAGCCCUUUCUUAUUUUAAAACCAGGUCUCACUAAGUCAGCCAGCUGCCCAGGUUGAGUUUGAACCUGUGAUCCUCCUGCUUCAGCCUCCCAGAGUUCUGGGAUCACAGGUUUCCCGGGAAGUGCACCCUGCGAAUUCCAGAGCUGCAGUAACGCGCCUGCUGCCCAGCUUCUGGUCACAGCUGGGGACCUUCGGGCGGGGCACAGAGGUUUCUGUAUUCAGCUGCCCAGGCAGAGGAGAAUGGGGUCUUCACAGCCUAAAGAAUGAAGACUCGACAGAAUAAAGACUCGAUGUCAAUGAGGAGUGGACGGAAGAAAGAGGCCCCCGGGCCCCGGGAGGAGCUGAGAUCGAGGGGCCGGGCCUCCCCUGGAGGGGUUAGCACGUCCAGUAGCGAUGGCAAAGCCGAGAAGUCCAGGCAGACGGCCAAGCAGAAGGCCCGCGUGGAGGAAGCUUCCGCCCCCAAGGUCAGCAAGCAAGGCAGGAGCGAAGAGAUCUCAGAGAGUGAGAGCGAGGAGACCAGUGCACCAAAAAAGACCAAAACUGAGCAGGAGCUCCCUCGGCCACAGUCCCCCUCGGACUUGGACAGUCUGGAUGGGCGGAGCCUGAACGACGACGGCAGCAGUGACCCGAGGGACAUAGACCAGGACAACCGCAGCACCAGCCCCAGCAUCUACAGCCCCGGGAGCGUGGAGAAUGACUCGGAUUCCUCUUCCGGCCUGUCCCAGGGCCCAGCCCGGCCCUACCACCCGCCCCCACUUUUUCCUCCCUCCCCUCCGCCGCCAGACAGCGCGCCCAGACAGCCAGAGCCUGGCUUUGAGCCCCACCCCUCUGUGACGCCCACCGGCUAUCACGCUCCCUUGGAGCCCCCCACACCCCGAAUGUUCCAGGCUCCUGGGGCCCCUCCCCCUCACCCCCAGCUCUACCCUGGGGGGGCAGGUGGAGGAGUUUUGUCUGGACCUCCACUGGGCCCUAAAGGGGGAGGGGGUGCCUCUUCAGGGGGGGCCCCUAGUGGGGGCAAGCAGCACCCCCCACCCACUACCCCCAUUUCCAUAUCAAGCUCUGGGGCCAGUGGUGCUCCCCCAACAAAGCCACCUAACACCCCCGGGGGUGGUGGGAACCUAGCCUCGGCGCCUCCACCAGCCACUUUCCCCCAUGUGACUCCAAACCUGCCUCCCCCACCUGCCCUGAGACCCCUCAACAAUGCCUCAGUCUCUCCUCCUGGCCUGGCUGCCCAGCCAGUCCCUGGGCACCUGCCCUCUCCCCAUGCCAUGGGCGGACUUCCUCCGGGCACAGAGAAGGGCCCGGCUCUGGCCCCUUCGCCCCACCCCCUGCCCCCUGCUUCUUCCUCCUCUGCCCCAGCGCCCCCGAUGCGGUACCCCUAUUCGGCCUCUAGCAGCAUCUCCGCAGCGGCCUCCUCCAGCUCUUCCUCCUCUUCCUCCGCCUCCCAGUACCCAGCUUCCCAGGCCCUGCCCAGCUACCCGCACUCCUUCCCUCCCCCCACCAGCCUCUCGGUCUCCAAUCAGCCUCCCAAAUACACUCAGCCUUCUCUCCCCUCCCAGGCCGUGUGGAGCCAGGGUCCGCCCCCACCCCCUCCCUACGGCCGCCUCUUGGCCAACAGCAGUGCCCACCCGGGCCCCUUCCCUCCUGCUGGGGCCCAGUCCACUGGGGCUCCCCCAACCCCAGCACAUCACCACCACCACCAGCCGCAGCCGCCGCCUCCCCAGCAGCCGCCGCCGCAACAUCAUGGAGGCUCUGGGCCCCCGCCCCCGGGAGCGUACCCCCACCCUCUGGAGAGCAGUGGCUCCCACCACGCACACCCCUACACCAUGUCGCCCUCCCUGGGGUCGCUGAGGCCCUAUCCCCCGGGGCCAGCACACCUGCCCCCAUCCCACGGCCAGGUGUCCUACAGCCAGGCAGGCCCCAGCGGCCCCCCAGUCUCCUCCUCUUCCAACUCCUCCUCUUCCUCUCAAGGGUCUUACCCUUGCUCGCACCCCUCCCCUUCCCAGGGUCCCCAGGCGGCGCCCUACCCCUUCCCCUCGGUGCCUCCGGUCACCACUUCCUCGGCCACCCUUUCCACGGUCAUCGCCACUGUGGCUUCCUCGCCAGCAGGCUACAAAACGGCCUCCCCACCUGGGCCCCCGCCCUACGGCAAGAGAGCCCCGUCCCCGUCCCCGGGGACCUACAAGACGGCCACCCCGCCCGGGUACAAGCCGGGCUCGCCGCCCUCCUUCAGAACGGGGACCCCGCCGGGCUAUCGGGGUGCCUCCCCGCCUGCAGCCCCGGGGCCCUUCAAGCCCGGCUCGCCCACCGUGGGGCCAGGGCCUCUGCCGCCCCCGGGGCCCUCGAGUCUGUCAUCCCUGCCGCCGCCAGCCGCUGCCCCUGCUUCGGGCCCCCCCCUGAGCGCCACGCAGAUCAAACAGGAGCCGGCUGAGGAGUACGAGGCCCCUGAGAGCCCGGCGCCCCCGGCCCGCAGCCCCUCGCCCCCUCCCAAGGUGGUGGACGUGCCCAGCCACGCCAGCCAGUCGGCCAGGUUCAACAAACACCUGGACCGCGGCUUCAAUUCGUGCGCGCGCAGCGACUUGUACUUCGUGCCGCUGGAGGGCUCCAAGCUGGCCAAGAAGCGGGCCGACCUAGUGGAGAAGGUGCGGCGCGAGGCCGAGCAGCGCGCACGCGAAGAAAAGGAGCGGGAGCGGGAGCGGGAGCGCGAGAAGGAGCGCGAGCGCGAGAAAGAGCGCGAGCUGGAACGCAGCGUGAAAUUGGCGCAGGAGGGUCGUGCUCCAGUGGAGUGCACAUCUUUGGGUCCAGUGCCCCAUCGCCCUCCGUUUGAGCCUGGCAGUGCUGUGGCCACAGUGCCCCCCUACCUGGGUCCCGACACUCCAGCCCUGCGCACUCUCAGUGAAUAUGCCCGACCUCACGUCAUGUCUCCAGGCAAUCGCAACCACCCUUUCUACGUGCCCCUGGGGGCAGUGGACCCGGGGCUCCUGGGUUACCCGGCCCUGUACAGCAGUGACCCCGCUGCUCGUGAGAGGGAGCGGGAAGCCCGUGAACGAGACCUUCGUGACCGUCUCAAACCUGGCUUCGAGGUGAAGCCUAGUGAGCUGGAACCCCUGCAUGGGGUUCCGGGGCCCGGCCUGGAUCCCUUCCCCCGGCACGGGGGCCUGGCCCUGCAGCCCGGCCCGCCGGGCCUGCACCCUUUCCCUUUCCACCCGAGCCUGGGGCCCCUGGAGCGAGAGCGUCUAGCGCUGGCGGCUGGGCCAGCCUUGCGGCCUGACAUGUCCUAUGCCGAGCGGCUGGCAGCUGAGAGGCAGCACGCAGAAAGGGUAGCAGCCUUGGGGAAUGACCCGCUGGCCCGGCUACAGAUGCUCAAUGUGACCCCGCAUCACCACCAGCACUCCCACAUCCACUCGCACCUCCACCUGCACCAGCAGGAUGCCAUCCAUGCAGCCUCUGCCUCGGUGCACCCUCUCAUUGACCCCCUGGCCUCAGGCUCUCACCUUACUCGAAUCCCCUAUCCGGCCGGGACCCUCCCUAACCCCCUUCUUCCUCACCCUCUGCACGAGAAUGAAGUUCUUCGUCACCAGCUCUUUGCUGCCCCUUACCGGGACCUGCCAGCCUCCCUGUCUGCUCCGAUGUCGGCCGCUCACCAGCUGCAGGCCAUGCACGCGCAGUCAGCCGAGCUGCAGCGCUUGGCACUGGAGCAGCAGCAGUGGCUGCAUGCACAUCACCCCCUGCACAGCGUGCCGCUGCCUGCCCAGGAGGACUACUACAGUCACCUGAAGAAGGAAAGUGACAAGCCGCUGUAGAGCCUGUGACUCCCAGGGCUCCUGCACCCAGAACACAGACCGCUCCUGCCUGCCUGGAGCCCGGAGCCAGGAGAGGCUGCUGCUCAGCCGCAGGGCCUCUGCUGCUGGGCCAGGGAGGAGGGCCGGCGGGACACAGCAGGCUGAGGCCUGGGUGUGGAGGGGCGGGGAGAACCCCCGCUGUCUUGGACCAGGUCCCUUUCUUGUCCCUGGCUCCCCUCCUCCCAGAUGCCCGACCUUCAGUGGCACCACCCCUCCCUGACCCCGUUGGUGUGAUUAUUUCAUCUGUUAGAUGUGGCUGUUUUGCGUAGCAUCGUGUGCCACCCCUGCCCUGCCCUGCCCCGUCCCUGUGUGCGCAACCCCUCUGCGAUGUAUUCCCUUGCCCUGCCCCACAUUAAUAAUUUAUAUAUAUAAAUAUCUAUAUGACGCUCUUUAAAAAAACAUCCCAAUCAAAACCAACCAAACAAAAACACCCUCACGACUCCCCAGAAA